UCGAGUGAGAGAGACAUGAGUAUGUCAGUAUGCUUAAGUGACAGACACGCAUUCUCUCUUUGUCUUCCUCUGGAUCUUCAUCUCUUUUGAUCAUCACAUAGGUCAUUAUGUCCAACAACAUCUCCACUGAUUGCCACAACAGCACACAAGUCGACAUCAUUCCCGUGUGCAUGUACUGCUUCAUCUUUAUUGUGGGUCUGAUUUUUAAUGUCUUAGCGUUGGUCUUUUUCUUUAGUCAGACCAAAUCCAGAUCACAUACCAUUGUCUACAUGACUAACCUGGCCUUAGCAGACGUACUGCUCAUCCUCACAUUGCCCAUGAGGAUCUACUACCAUCUGGGGUAUGAGGGCCUUCCUCAGCGGCUGUGUGAGAUCGUUGGUUUGAUCUUGAAGGCCAACAUGUAUGGGAGCAUCUUCCUCCUCACUUGCAUAUGCUUUGACCGUUGCAUGGCUGUUACCUUCCCUAUGUCAACUCGUGUCAAGGAAGGGAGAAAGAAAGCUCCUCUGGUCUGUCUCGGAAUAUGGAUAUUCACCUUUGGUGCAAGCCUGCCCAUCUACCUUUCCAAGCAAGAAAAGGUGCAAUGCCAGUGUUUUGAUAGCUUGCCGAUCUAUUCCAUAACACCCGUGAUAGCUUACACCACUCUGUUUGUGGGGUUUGGUAUCCCACUACUAAUCAUGCUGAUCUGCUCCUGGGGUUUGGUCCGUGCUGUCCGAAAAAGCUCUGUGGCCCAGACCAACCUGGUGGACAGCAGAAAGAUCCAGAGGAUGAUUGCCACCAGCAUCCUCAUUUUCCUACUGAGCUUCCUCCCAUAUCAUGCCACCCUGGUUUUCCUCUCUCGGUAUAAAGAAAAUAUAACAUGCCGAAUGCGGGCUGCAUACAGUUACAGUCUGAUUUUGGCAUGUCUCAACACAGUACUAGAUCCCAUUGCAUACUACUUUACCACGGAUACCUUCAGGAGCACGCUAGACAUGGGCGCUGUUUGGAGGAUGUUGCCUUUGAAUAGUCAAAGUUCUGAUUUGAACAACAGGAGCAGAGCGCCUAAUGGCUAAAGGACUUCUGAUGCACCACUCAAGGGACACUGCCGUCCAAAAACUUCAUGGCUGGAUGUCAACAACUGUCGCCUCUAAUUUGGGGAUUGUAUAUAAGGGUUAUCACUGUAGAUAGCAUCUCUUGGUCAAAACUAUAACGUGUUACUCAGCUCAACUUCUCAAUCAACAGUAGGUUGAGAGAUUUCAUUUUUUCCAAGGAAUGACUGACUCAAGCUACCCACUUAAAUCAUUAGUGAAAUAUAAGAAAAAAUAUUGCCGUUCAAUUUGAGGACAAACCGCUAAUUGUAAUUUUACUAAUUCCUGUUUUGUAUUUGACUUUUGUUACAUUUCAUAAGCUACAUAAACACUUUGUAGGAACAAAUUUGUACAAAGUGUUGUCUGAACGCAUUAACUGUACAAUUGGGGAAAUCAUGAACACUUCUAGACCAUGUCUUCUUGUUAGAUUGUUGGUUAUAUAAAGUAACAAAAUGCUGGACACAGCCUCACUUCCAUAUUCAGAAAGCUGUAACAGGUGGGGGUUUGAAAUGCUGUUCAACAAACCAACAUCAAUUGGUUCAAAGUCUAAUGUACCUGUAGAACCCAGAGAGCAAUUACAUCUCCAACACCCAACAAAUGAUCUGCUCUAUAUUUAAAUCUAGUUCCUUUUCCAGGUGACUGAGGUGAAAAGGUAAUAGCCAAGAAGGCUGCCCUCUAAAGUGUCCAAGAGCCAAAACAUUGAUUUUCAACUACAGAAAGCUAUAAUACAUUAAUAUUGUAUGUGUUUUGAAUUUUUAUACUUGUAUUUUCUAUCACUUUGUAUAUGCAUUUUUCAUGGAAGUCCACCUGGACGAAUGAUUCUGAGCCAAUAAAUGAUAUAAUAUGCUA